UUGCGUUAACAGUUUUCUGCGACCCCUUCUCGUGUGCAAAGCAAAACGUAUCGCACUGCUACUGCCAACGAGUUCCAAAUAGAGUGAGAGGGAAAGAGAGGGAAGAUCGGAGAGAAGGGAAAUCUCCCGUAUCAAUUUGAACGACGGAAAAACAGCACACUCGCGGGAAGGGUGACAUUUUCUACAGGGAUUGGAAGAGAAACCUUCCCUUUGCAUCGAACAUGGAGCUACCCGCCGCGGGAGAGCACGUCUUUGCGGUGGAGAGCAUCGAGAAGAAGCGGAAUCGAAAGGGGAGGAUGGAAUACCUAGUCAAGUGGCGAGGAUGGUCUCCAAAAUAUAACACGUGGGAACCAGAAGAAAACAUUCUCGACCCGCGGCUGCUUGACGCUUUCCAAAACAGGGAGAGAUACGAGCAGCUUAUGGGAUAUCGCAAAAGAGGGCCAAAGCCAAAGCACCUGAUGGGCCAGGUCCCGUCCUUUGCCCGGAGAUCCAGCGUCCUCUCAGGCCUUCAGGAGACCACCCUGGACGAGGACAACCGGCAGCAAGUGGACCCCAUCCAGACAGUGCGCUCGCAGACCCAGCAGUACCAGCUGAACAGCAAGAAGCACCACCAGUACCAGCCCCUGCUGGCCAAGGAGAGGGAGGCCGAGCAGCAGGCCAACGGAAAGAAGAAACUCUACUACCAGCUCAACAGCAAGAAACAUCACCACUACCAGCCUGACCCCAAGAUGUACGACAGCACCCAGUGCAUGAAGCCAAGGGAGGCCACCAAAGCUCCGGAACUGCCCACCAACCACAGCUGGAACCUGCCUCCCGCGCUGCAGCAGAAGUGGGUCCGGGACAAGGACUCUGGUUGCCUGAGCAAAGUCAAGGAUAUCACCAUGGAGCUAAAGAAGCUUCCGGCUCACCUCAACGGCCCCAGUGGCGAAUCGGAGCAGAGCAAGGCCACGGCCAAAGAGGACACACCGCUGCUGGAGGCCGACGGUGUCAGCGACAGCAAGCUGAAGAUCGUCAAGAACAAAAACAAGAACGGACGCAUCGUCAUUGUCAUGAGCAAGUACAUGGAGAACGGCAUGCAGGCGGCAAGGAUUAAAAAUGGAGACGUGGAAACCCUUGGCGAGCCGCAGCCGGACAAUAAUGAUGAUGCAGCUGAAAAUCAACUUGAAAAGAUGAGGCUCGUCCAGAAACUGGGUCUCACCAACGGAUUCGCGAAAGACUGCAACAAAGGGUCUAACAGAUCUAACGUAUUUAAGUGUCCUGCUGACAAGGUCGACUCGCCCAAAAUGGGGCUUAGUGCGACAGAGCAGAAUAAACAUUUCAAUGUCAGGGUUCAGAAGGAGGCUACAGAGGAUCAGCCUCUGCAGCUGACCAACAAACCUAACCUUGCCCCUUGGCCCAUUGAGAUGGGGGUUCAUAGGACUCAGCCAGGAAAGGGCUCUUCUCCAGCCCUCAAACGUCAUCUUUCGGAGGCAGACAAGGGCGAGGACCGGGGUGGCUGUAAACAGUUUCUAAACUCCAAGAGUAUCAGUAUACCCUGCACUGUGUCCUCACCUCCUCAAAGCAACUCCACGGACCAAAAUGGCCACCAUAGCCACAAUGGCCAGCAGGACUACGACUUCCUGGAGUCUAACCAGGACGAGCCCAUGGACCUCAGCUGUGUGAGGUCCAGACGGGAGGCUCCAGUUCCCACAGAGACACAGGUGGCUCCUUCUGCCGAGGAGGAGAAGACUGCAGAACAGACAGAACCGCCAUUGGCUAUCACAACAGAACAGACAGAACCGCCAUUGGCUAUCACAACAGAACAGACUGUGGAGGAGGAGCCUUUUCCUUCAUUCAAGCCUUUCCUUGGGAAUAUAGUCAUCACGGAUAUUACAACAAACUGUCUCACGGUGACAUUUAAGGAAUACGUUACAGUGUAACGAAGCUGACAAAAGACAAUCUGAGGACGAGGGAUUAACAGCAACUGUGUGAAUUUGUACAAAUGUGUGUUGGAACAUAUUGGUAUUUUCAGAUGUUUGAAUAUAAAUAACAACCUUUAAAGUUUG